GAUGUUCCAAUGGUAUACCAAUAAUUUUCUCAACCAAUUAUCAAAGAAAAAAAACUAGAAAAUAUGAAGAAUACAUUUUCAUUUGUGGUUGUAAUCAUCUUCUUUGUCAUGCUUUCUUCCGUUGCUAAUAAGGUGAAGGCAAACUCAUGCCAAGACCCUCUAGGUAGUUGUCUACAAUGUGAUGAGAGAUGCAAGGCUAAACACGGGCCAACGGGCCAAGCAAGUUGCGACACUAGAAACCAACUAUGCACGUGCUAUUACACGUGUGGACCUUCAUCACCAACUCCUCCACAGCACAAACAAUGCUACGGUGGGACUGGCUUGUGCAGCAGUGCAUGCAAUCAAAACUGUGCACAAAAGUAUCUUGGUGGAUCUGGAUUUUGUGAGAGCAUUGGCAACUCUAGACUGUGCAAAUGCCAGUAUCCUUGCUAAUAUUUUUUAAAAAGUUUUUAGUAUAAAUGAAACAAAUCAAUAAAACGGAAUCAGUUUACUUUCA